AUGGACGAGAUAAAUCAGUCGAUCCAGACGCUUUACUACCGUGCUGGAGGGAUCUUCUGUAACUCUCUGCUGGAAUCGCUUGACACCACGCAACAGAUACGCGACAUCCAGGAAGAUGAGCUAAUCUUGCUCAAGGGUCAAUCACUGGCACAGUUAGACGUGGAGGAGGGCAGUGUACCACAACUGGCGGCCGUGAAGAGCGCUCUGGAGCAGAUCAAAGACGAUUCAAACGAGGACGCGAUGGUGCGGCUCAGUCUGAUGUACCAACGACUACUGCAGUACGCAUCUAUCUACAAAAUCGAAGAGUCGCAAAGAAACGCGAUUCAGGAAAACCUUAACGAGGCCACGAGCGCUGUGGCCGCGCUCAACGAGUACAGAACUGCGCUGGAGGCCAUGCAGGACGAGCUUGUGAUAUGGAACCAUUUGGGGGUCCAGGGAGGAGUCCAGGGCGAAAUGGUGGUGGCUGUGGCGUCCGAGGACGGCGAGGAUGCCGCUGGACUGAUCGAAAAGGAGGAGGCAGAGCUGGCGGCUCUGUCGGAGGACCAGAGCUGA